AUGCAACGAAUAAAACGAAAAUUGGACGACAUUGUUCAUAAUAAUGAUAACAACAAAAAACAAAAAUUAUUAGUAACAACAAAUAAAUUUCAUUUUGAAAAUUUAGCAAAUGAAAUAAUUUAUGAGAUAUUUGAAUAUCUUGAUGUUUACGAUAUUUAUUAUGGCUUCUAUUAUCUUAAUAAUCGAUUUAAAAACUUAGUUAGUAAUUCAAAUAUCCAUUUUCAAGUUAAUAUUUCGACAAUAUCAAAAUCAAAUUUUGAAUCUUAUCAUGAAAAUGUUAUUAAACCAAAUAAACAUCGGAUAAAAAUUCUUCGUUUAUCCAAUUCAUUUACGGUUGAUAUUAUUUUUUCACCACCACGUAUUAUUUGUGAUUUUAUACAACUUGAAAAAUUAAUUUUCGAUAAUAUUCAUUCAAAAUAUCUUAAUAACAUUCUUAAGCAUUUAAUUCAUUUACCAAAGUUACAUUCAUUAGUUCUUUCUCCUAUUGAUAACAUUCAAAAUCCGAGUUUUAUUUUUACUCAUAUAUUUGAUUUAACAAAAUUAAAAUAUUGUAAAAUAAAAUAUAAUGAACAUGCAUUACCGAUAGAUUUUGAUGAAUGCAAACAAAGUUCUAUUGAAUAUCUUAUAAUUGAUAGUCCUUUUCGAUAUGAAUCAUUUAAAAAAUUAUUAAUUUGUCUUCCAAAACUUCGUCAUUUAUCAAUUAAUUCUCUUAUUGGAUCAAAUCAUGCCGAGAUAGAUUUCUAUCCAAUUGUAUUAAAAGACUUAAAAUAUGUCUCGUUUGGACUUUGCUCGAUUAAUUUCCAUCAAUUUGAAAUGUUAAUAAAAAACUUUUUUAAUUCUAUUGAAAUUUUACAUAUUUCAACAUAUAAAAAUUCAGCAUAUUCACGUGCAAAACAAUGGGAAGAAUUAAUUUCAUCUUCAAUGCCAAAUUUACGUAUUUUUGAUUUACAAAAUCAUUAUACUGAAGCAAUGGAUAGAUUCUUAUAUCUUUGUUUAAGUGGUCAAUAUAAAUCAAAAUUUUGGAUUGAAAAACAAUGGUUUUUCGAACACGAACAUGAUUGCCACGAAAGUUCAAAUAAUGGAAUUUUUUUUUCAACAAAUCCAUAUCGAAGAAAAGAUUAUACAUUCCAUUGGGGAUUCCAUGACUACAAUCAUUUACAUUCUCAAAAACGUAAUUUCAAAUCAGUUAAACAUAUUUAUAUUUGUGGUAAGCGAGCUGUGAACAAUUCUGCUAGCUAUUCCCCCAAUGUAACUGAAUUAACGGUUAAAAAUUAUGCUAGAACAUAUCAUGGUUCAAUUUUUAUAGCUCUUGAUCAAAUUAUUCCUUUAAAACAACUUAGCAAACUGAUUAUUGAUUGUAAUGAUUUUCCAAUUAAAGAACUUCGGAAUUUAAUAAGUCUCACACCUAAUUUACGUACAUUAAAAUGGAAUUUUCAAUCUAUUGAUGAAACAAAAUCAAAAUUAAUUCAACAAAGUGAAAUUUUUCAAUCUACAUCAAGUACAAAUAAAAUUCAAAAUUUAGAAAUUUUUCAUUGUUGUUCAUUAGAAGAAAUUAAUUUUGUCGUUAAUUUAUUCCCACAAUUAGAAUGUCUUAAAACUGGAAUAUGUAGAAAAGAAAUCGUUCCGAUUACGCGAUGUAUCUUAUCAAAAAUGCAUCAUUUAUUUUACUUAUGUAUUACAGAUAUACCUAAAACAUAUUUACAAAAAUUUAAUGUUUUAAUUAAAUCAGAAAAUUUACUUGAUGAUUAUUUUAUUAAAUUUGUUGAUCAUGACUUGUAUUUCUGGUGGUAA